UAUAAAUGUAUUCGUGCAAAGAAAAACCCUGUUAUGGAAUUUACAAACCUAACAUCCUUUAUAUACAUAAAUUUUACCAGGUAUUUUUUUACUCGUGAACUUAGUACUAGAGUACUUUUUGUCAUUUGUUUUUAGUAAAAUCAAUAAUAAUUUUUGAAAUAAAGUAGUGAAUGAAUUAUACUAAAUGUCUGAAGAUAAGAAAAAAGCUCUUUUUGUUUGUCUUGGGAACAGCUGUCGAUCACCGAUAGCAGAAGCUGUGUUCCAGAACACUGUGAAUAAGAUGGCUAUAGGACAUCUCUGGGAGGUAGACAGUGCUGGGCUAGCGGACUGGAACGUUGGUUACUCCCCCACUGAUAGAGCAUUGAACACAAUGAGAAAACAUGGACUACGCUAUAAUAAUGUUGGAAGACAGAUAAAUAAUGACGACUUUAACAACUUUGAUUUUAUAUUUGGAAUGGAUGAAAUGAAUAUAAGAGAUCUAAAAAGCUUAGCACCUGAAAAUUGUAAGGCUAAAGUGUUACUGCUUGGGGACUAUGAUCCGGAAGGUGAGAGAAUUAUAAGGGAUCCUUAUUUUGAUAACCACGACAGAGGCUUUGAGAAGUGCUAUGAACAGGCCGUCAGGUGUUCGAAAGGAUUCUUAGAGCAACUAGAGAAAGGAAAUGUCAAAUAGAUUAUUCAUUUGUUAUUGUGAUUUGAAUUUCGAACAAUAAAUGAAUAUAAAU